CGGAGCGUGCGUGAGUAGGUGUUAGUUCCGGAGCUAUAAGAGACUGCAUUCGGAUAUCCCGUCGUCUUUUACCAUCUCGCACUUCGACUACUCGCGUUCGUUACAAGCUCGAUCGUUGUUGAUCAACACUAAACCAAAGAAAGAAAAUAUGUCUACGUACAGGACGAUGCUGACUAGCGCACUUGUGCUACUAGUCGUGGCUAGCGUGUGCGAGUGCCGGAUAAACAACCUUCCCACGCGGUGUAUGCCAGGGCUGCUCGAAGACGCGCCGCCAAAGGUGCGAGAAGCAUGUUUGACUUUGUCCACCAUCCGCACACUUUCAAACGCCAUCGAAACGUUUAUUCAAGAUAAACAGUAUCCGGUGCCUAUGCCUUACACCAGAAUGUCUGAUGGAUUGGUCGAUACAGCAAUGCAAAAUGAUAAACGCCAAGAUCUGGACCACGUAUUCCUCAGAUUCGGUCGCAGAAGACGUUAAAUACGACGCCUUUUUAAAAUAUGCUUAAGAUAACUUCCUUCUUCUUCUCUUAGAUCCUAAACAACUUUAUUAUAUUUGUGUGUCAUAUAUAAUAAAAAAUAUAUAGUUAUUGCAAAUAAAAAACGUAGACUACUAUCUACACCAUAAAAAAAGAAAACUAUACUUUAAGAUUAACAUUUCGAUCAUUUGUUUGUAUUUAUAUUAUUUAUUUAUUACUCGCGUAAAUUGUUUUGAUUUACAUAGCAUACCCAGCAAUGUAGAAUUUUAAUACCUAUAUCAAUAAGAUCAAAAUUAUUGUGAACACAUUUUUAAGACUUAAUUUAUUUUUAUUUUUAAUGUAUUAUUUGUUUACCUACCUCGUUAGGAUUGAAUAUCUGCUCAUGUUUACUUAAAAUAACAUACUAGUCUGCUGUAUUUUAUUUAUUUGUUUAUUUAUU